GCAUGGCAGCAAAUAAUGUGCUAUAAUUAACUUAACAUUUAAUCGUCCACAUUACUGACGAGCGAAUAGCCCUAGUUAUACAACUCGGCGCUGAACAAUACGGUCGCCCUUUUGUGCAAACAAACUUUAUUUCUUUGACUGUAUGUUGCAUAAUCCAGAUAUGGCAUGGAUUCACAUGUAAGAAAUUAAUAUAACAUAAUCGAAAAAUAUAAUUUUAAGAAACAAAACGAAAUAACCGCAACAAAAUACCGGUGUGUAAGGCAUUCAUUAAGUUAAAAUAUAGUGAUCAACAUCUUGUUUUUGUGACAGCUACUUUGUCAUCGCGCAAGCACGGCGCCAACGGUCUGAAAUGAGAGAUACGUUUUCUAUUACAUGGAUUAUUAUGUGACUGAACUGGAGAAAGCAUGUUUAAAGUGAACCGGGAAAACAUUCUCGGGUACCUUGCUAGCAUAUACAUGUAUAAUGUCAAGCACAGCGGUAGUUUCCUAUUCUGAAUCUUGCCUGUAUGAAUAUGAAUACAUAUUUAAUAUUGUUUGCGCUUAAGUUUUGUUUUAUUACAAAUGUACAGUGUACAACUGGAAAUGUUAAUACUUCUCUCGACGACGUUAUCCGACGAAGAAUUGAGCAAUUUAUUAAGCACUGUCCAGACACAAAUACGUGCUCUACAAACGCCACGGUACCUCCAGAGGGAGUGGCCCGGUCAUGGUAUCACAAGCCAUGCUGUCAGGCAUGUGACUGUGGUUUCAAUUGUUGUCCGGACCGUUCAGGAAAAUUGGAGACGGAAGAAGCUCUCUACAACGCCAGUAGAAUUGUACGCUGUAUUGACCCCCGAAAUAGUAGAUAUGAUCCUUAUAAACACAAUGGAUUAUCGUACAGGAUGGUAUCAGACUGUCCAUAUAAUUACCGUGAUACCGACAUACAAACCAAAUGUAGGCGGGAAUACAGUGACAUUUCGCUUGAUGUACCUUUACGUUACAUUUUGCCUGUUUUCGAUUAUCUGACAAAUUUGAAUUAUAAAAAUAUUUACUGCGCUCAGUGUCACGAUGUAGAACUGAAACGUUUAGAGUUUGCAAGUCUAAACUAUAAAUGUUAUGCAUCACAAAGUUUUACUUUCAAUGAAGUAUUAACUUAUAUCCGGGACCUAUCGGCAAACCUAGAUUCUAAUGGUGGUGACUAUUGCAAUAUUUUGUUUACACCGUAUAAAGGGAAUGAAUGCAAUCGAAAUCUCAUUGAUCGUUGCAAUUUAACAGGACAAUGGCUUAUAUAUGAUCGAGAAACUGAAGCAUCUUGUUUGUCCUAUACAUCAGUAUAUACAAACGAGUUCAAAAACAUUCAUUGUUUUAUCUGCAAUGGCUUUAAAGAAACGGAUAUAGAAUAUUCAUGUCAAAAUGAUAAUGAAAGUUAUUAUGAAAGUUAUGAAAGUUAUUAUGAAAGUUAUGGAAGUUAUUAUGAAAGUUACUACUUUGAUAAUCAUUUCAUCACGAUUAUAGAUUUUUCCAGACCCCCCGAUGCAGACGUCUAUCAAAACGUAUUUGAAAAUAACGAAACAGAUGUUAAUAACUCUUGUCAUCCGAAUAGUAUUUAUGAUACCGAGAAGAGAUCAGAAUGGAAUCUGCAAUGUCCUGUCGGAAUGACAUUAAGUAAAUGGUAUAUGACGUGCCUGCCAAAAGAAAAUUCCCAAAUUUCAUCGAUAUCUAUUGAAAUAUCGCUUACACCUGGUCCACGUAGCCGGUCGAAGGAUUCCAUACAAAACAUUCUUCUACAUUUGACGGAACAAAUAAAAGACAAAACAGAAUUACUUGUUACAAACGAUAUAUCGCUUGGGCGCAUUCAAGGGGCUAUUCAUUUCAAAGAAGAUUAUUCACUCAAACUUGAGUCAAACAAACAAAUAAGCUUGAGGUUUAUACGGUCAAUUGAUGUCCGAAUAGAGAUAAUGAUGAACCAAGCAAACCAUCGCAGUAGCUUGUUUGAAAAGGUGCUUGACUUUACACUUGUGUUUACAAAAUUAUUAAGAUCUGGCAACUUUGUUGCAGAUUUCAGACAAUUCGAUUCAGAAGUCUAUGAUAAGCAAAAUCAUUCUUAUGGAUGUUGGCGGGAUACCGGUCUAAUAGAAUUAAUGAUAUGUUUGCAGCAGUCUGAUCAGACAAGCGGCACUUUCAGUUUUUAUAUAAUCAAUGACAAGAUUAAAAUUAUGUCUUCUGUUGACGUACUAAAUAUAGAACCCGAGCCGUUCUGUCCUAGAGUUGUUCUACCUAAAUCAUCAUUUGCAGACGACAUAAACAUUUGUGGCGAGUCAAAACAUCUCUCAAGUAUUCUUACUGAUGUACUUAUAUCUAAGGCCCUCCGUGAAAAUAGUACGCAUCUGUUUUUCUGCUAUGAAGAUUAUUUUCAGCACAUUAGUAACUUGCCAACAAAUACUUAUCACGCUAAAGAUUUGACAAUUUCUUGUUCAAGCGUUUCUCUUCUAUCACUCAGUUUAACCUUGGUAGUUUAUUCCGUUUUCAAAGACUUGCGCACUUUACCUGGCAUGAACAAUAUGGCGUUAGUUUCAAGUCUGUUCGCCUUUCAGACAAUGUCUUUAGUAAACACAAUAUCAGACAUAGAAAUACCAUGGCUGUGUAGUUUCUUUGCAAUAGUUACACAUUUUUCUUUUGUGAAUUCAAUUAGUUGGAUGUUUAUAUGCACCUAUCAUAUGCUGAAAGUAUUCAUGAAUGUUAGGAAUCGGUCAGUUCCUCGAAAUGAUUGUUUAACUUUCACCAUUUACUUGAUCUUUACAACUAGUGUUGCCACAGUGGCUGUUGUCGGCACAGUAAUAACAGCCGAGGUGCAAUCAGACGGGAAUGACAUUGGUUACGGGGGAUAUGGUUGUUACAUAAAGAAUCAUGUUAUGGUCAUGUGGGCUGCGGCUAUUCCGGCUGCCAUUAUUAUUGUCCUCAAUCUAGGCAUGUUCUGUAUCACUGUUUACAAGAUAAGCAAGCACCCGAGCAUGUCUUCUGCUGGGGCAACGGAGCGCUCAAACAUUGCAAUAUUUGCAAAGCUGUCUACACUUACGGGCCUGACAUGGAUCUUUGGUUUUAUUUUCGUGUUCACCAAAAUUAACGCUUUUGCAUAUACAUUUGUUAUACUGAAUGCUGGCCAGGGUUUGUUCAUUAUGCUCUCCUUCGUUUGUAACAGAAGAGUGCUGGGUCUAAUACGCAGUAAAUUCUCAAAGUAAACAGUGACGUUACAAAAUUUAAGUAACGGAAUAAAUCGGCAUAGCUAGAUUGUUCGAAAUUAAAAUCUUACAACAUUUGUGAGAUAAUGGAAAAGGGAGCAAUUUUAUAUGUUAGAUUGUAUAAGAAAUUUUGCGAAGAACGCUUGCUCUGUUCUCGGGUCUGAUUCGUAGUUCUGAUCCAAGACACAGCUGUGUACACAAACUUACUUCCCUAUGAAAAUACUUAAGACAAGCCAAACCUUAUCAAUGCUUUUGUUUAAAAAUUGCUUUUUCUAAGUUUAGUUUACUUCUAUUUAAUAUAAGACUAUGUUUGUUUGCAUUUAAGUACUAACGACUGUCCAUAGACUCUUAGAUAGUCAUAAUACCGUUCAUUAAAAGAUGGCUGUCACAUUUGUUUUUGCUAUGAACAUAACAUACAUUAUUUAUUUGUUAAAUCCAGUGUUUGAUAAUUGUUUUCUUAUGUAUUUGUCAAAGGUUUCACUUUAUGAUUAACAUAAUAAUCUCCCUUUAAGACCCUGACUUCAUAAUUUCAUGUGUAAUAUUGAAAGUAACGCUUUUCUAACUAUUCAAUUAUGUGUAGUCUCUAUUUGGAUAGCAGCAGUUUCUGUUUUAACAUAAAAUCAAAAGCCUUAUGGGACUUUAACUAAAUAUGGAACAAUUCUGAUUUCCUUGUCUUUGUACUUUUAAUUCUAAUUCAUACAUAAUUAUAGUAUAGGCAUGUUUGUCAGAAUGUUGCCAUUGUACAACACAUCAUGUUAUUCCAAUUAUAUAGUAAAUGAUUAUUGUACGAGGGGCGUUCAGUAUGUAAUGUUACUCCGUAUGAAAUUCCGUAACCGCUUAUCAUUUUUAGAUGCGGUUUUCGGCACAUUAUAAGGCAAUUUAUUGGAAACAAAAUGCAUUAUAUAUUAUAAGAAUCGACAUGUUCAAAGUAAAAAUUUAAUCAUUUUAGUGAGGUGUGCUCAGGUAUACUGGACCAUAAUUAUAAUUUAGCUUUUUCUUGGGCAUCCAGAGUAUUAGAAAAAUAGAAUAACUUGUAAAAUCACAAAAUUCUAUCAUUUUUCUACGAGGUACAGCAAUUUGUGAUGAGUUUGCGUUUGUUUUAAACUAUUUAUUGCAUUUUAAUAUUACAACACAACUAAAAAAUCUAAACUCGAGGUUGAUUCCAUUUGGAAUGGGUAUUGAGAGCGAUUAAUCAAAGUUGUAAGAACUAGUUUCGCAAUCGAGAAUUAAGAUACUAGUAUUAACUUAAAAUACAAGAAUUUUUUAAACGAUGAUUAUCCCGCCUGACAAAAGUGCGGAGGCUUAUUGUACUCACCUUAUCAUUUUUCAAGUAAAAAUAUACACACUCGAUAUAAAACUGUUAUAAACUUUUUUAUUUUAUUUUCCAUAUGUUUUUGUGAAGAUCAUUAUUUGUUUUAUCUGUUUAAACUGAAAAAUGAGCUAUAGUUCUAGUUGUUGAAUAGUAGAAUCAAUGAAUUGCAUAUUACAAUCUCAAUAAUUUGGACAUAAAAUUGUCCAGUAUACCCGAGUACACCUCACUCAAAUGAUUAUAUUUUUACUUUGAAUCUACCGAUUUUUAUAACUUAUAUAGCAUUGUGUUGCCAAUAAAUUGCUCUACAAUGUGCCGAAAACCGCAUCUAAAAGCGAUAAGCGGUUCGGCAACUACAUACGGAGUAACCUUACAUAUUGAACGCCCUUCGUAUUUAGUAUAGACAUGCUUGUCAGAAUGCUGCUGUUGUACUUCACAUCGUGUUAUUCCAAUCAUAUAGUAAAUGAUUGUUGUAUGUAGUGCAGACAUACUUGUCAGAAUGCUGCCAUUGUACUACACAUAGUUUUUAAACUUAUAUAGUAACUGACUGUUGCAUUUAGUAUAGGUACGCUUUAUAGUAUGCUGACAAUGUGCCUCGGGUUAUUGUAUCAUAGUUAUAUAGUAAUUGAUUGUUGUAUUUUGUAAAGGCUUGCUUGUCAGAAUGCUGACAAUGUGCCACACACCAUGUUAUCAAAGUCAUAUACUAACAGAUUCCAAGCUCUUUGUGUACAAUUUUGACUUAUUGAAUAAACUGGAGACACAUGA